CCAGAGCCGUGGCGGCGGCUCCCAAAAUCCCGCCGCGGGCGCGGGCUGGGCGUUGCGAUCGCGCUCCUUCCUCCCCUGGGGGCUGCGGCGGCGGCAGCGAGGCUGCGGCGGGCCGCGGUAGCCGGCGGGGCUGCCCGGCACGGGGUGCCGGCGAUGUCCGGGUCCCGGGCGGCUCCUCCCGGUUGAGCGGCGGCUCCGCUCGGGCCCCGCGCCCUCCCCGCGCCGCGGGGUCCGGCAGCCGCGGCCCGCCCGGCCGGGCAUGAGGCGGAGCGGCGGCGGCACAAAGGUUCCUCCGGGGCUGCGCCUUGCCUGACGCGGCGCAGCGCCCCCGGGCCCCGCCGGGCUCCCGCGGCCCCGCGGGACGAUGUCGCAGGAUCACGACAUGGACAAGACGAUCAAGGAAACCUCCAUUUUAGAGGAAUACAACAUUAACUGGACUCAGAAGCUGGGAGCUGGGAUCAGUGGACCUGUUAGAGUCUGCAUGAAAAAAUCCUCCCAAGAACGCUUUGCACUGAAAAUCCUCCUCGAUCGUCCAAAAGCUCGAAAUGAGGUACGUCUGCACAUGAUGUGUGCAACACAUCCCAAUAUUGUUCAAAUAAUUGAAGUUUAUGCUAACAGUGUGCAGUUUCCACAUGAAUCCAGCCCCAGGGCUCGGCUCCUAAUUGUAAUGGAGAUGAUGGAAGGGGGAGAGCUCUUCCACAGAAUCAGCCAGCACCGACACUUUACUGAGAAGCAAGCGAGCCAAGUAACAAAGCAGAUAGCUUUGGCUUUGCAGCAUUGCCACUCACUAAACAUUGCACACAGAGACCUCAAGCCUGAGAAUCUCCUCUUCAAGGAUAACUCUCUGGAUGCACCUGUUAAAUUGUGUGACUUUGGGUUUGCCAAAGUAGACCAAGGUGACUUGAUGACACCCCAGUUCACUCCCUAUUAUGUAGCACCUCAGGUAUUGGAGGCACAAAGAAGACAUCAGAAAGAAAAGUCUGGUAUUAUCCCCACGUCUCCAACCCCUUACACUUACAACAAGAGCUGUGACCUGUGGUCCUUGGGGGUCAUUAUCUACGUGAUGCUGUGUGGGUACCCCCCUUUUUAUUCCAAGCACCACAGCCGGACGAUUCCUAAGGACAUGAGGAAAAAGAUCAUGACGGGAAGCUUUGAAUUCCCAGAGGAAGAAUGGAGCCAGAUCUCAGAAAUGGCAAAAGACAUUGUGAGAAAGCUACUGAAGGUCAAACCUGAAGAACGUCUGACCAUUGAGGGGGUGUUGGACCAUCCCUGGCUCAAUUCCACAGAGGCCCUGGACAACAUCCUGCCCUCUGCCCAGCUGAUGAUGGACAAGGCCAUGGUAGCAGGGAUCCAACAGGCUCACGCAGAACAACUUGCAAACAUGAGAAUCCAAGACCUCAAAGUGAGCCUGAAACCCCUUCACUCCGUGAACAACCCGAUCCUGCGCAAGCGGAAACUCCUGGGCACCAAGCCAAAGGAUGGUGUUUAUAUCCAUGACCCUGAGAAUGGAAGCAACGAUUCCAACGUGGCUCUGGAGAAGCUGAGAGAUGUGAUUGCUCAGUGCAUUCUACCACAGGCUGGUAAAGGAGAGAAUGAAGAUGAGAAGCUGAAUGAAGUGAUGCAGGAGGCCUGGAAAUACAACAGGGAGUGCAAAUUGCUGCGAGACACCCUGCAGAGCUUCAGCUGGAAUGGCAGAGGAUUCACAGACAAAGUGGAUCGACUAAAACUGGCAGAAAUCGUCAAACAAGUGAUUGAAGAGCAGACAAACUCCCACGACUCUCAAUAGCUGGAGCUUCUUAAUCUUAUUUUUUUUACCAUUUAAGAUUUAUUCUUUAACUGUAAAAAAUAUUUUUAUGUAAAUUAAUAAAUCAUAAUUAUUUCAUUAAAUUUCCAUACUGCUUGAAAAUGCUGUAUAGUUGUAGAUACAAAAAAAAAAUCAUUGGUACUGUAAUAUUUUUUUAAAACUCAGUUCCUCGAGGUAUAUAUGAUCACUUAUGUACUGUUAAUCAUGAGCCCCCCAAAUGGGGUGGAUUUUAUUGUUAAAAAACAUUCUUUUUCUUAAUAACCAGUUGCAGAAGCUGCCUUUCACCUGCCAUAUCCAGCCCCUGCAGUGACUGUAUGCGAAGGAGAGCCACAGUUUCUCAAGUCCCUGCUCAGUGAGUACUUGAAGCAAGUGCUGUGAAAUGCAAAUUCACAGCUCCCCUUGGCACCUAAAUUCCAGGUCUUUCAGUAGAGAAAAAUCAAUUAAAUAUCCUUCAGUUUGGCUUAGUCCCUUGCCCAGGCACCUGAGGCCAUAUGCUUGCUGAAAUUUUCAGUUCUGAGCAGUGACUCUUUAUUUUUUUUUUUUUUUUUUUGUCGUCUUCCCCAUCUCCCUCAGAUCUUUAAGGCUAAGCCUCCUCUGUUUCUUCCUCAUCUUCCUCAGAGCUUUUUUAAGGCUGAAUCAGCCAUUCAGCACAAAACUCUUCUUUUUCUCACCUUGUCCAACAGCAGAACAGAAGAAUGUUCAAGUUCUUAUGCACAUGUUAUUUUAAUUUCCAUGGUGGGAUCUUCUAUGGACCGAGACCAGCCUGGGGUUUGUUUGUUUGAGAUCCACCCCUGUAUUCCCAUUCUUUCCUUCCUAGAAGAUCCAAGGCUGGGGUUCCGACUUGUCCUUUUGUUUGGCAGAGCUGUUCCCAGUGCUCUGGGGAACCCCUGGGAUUUGUCUCUGGAGCCAAAAUUCCUGUCUCUGAUGCCUUCGAGCUCCUUCUUGGGGGAGCCACAACUGCAGGGCUGCUCCUCGGCUGCCUCCCCAGGGCAGGUUCUUACUCUAGUCUGGAACGUUGGCUCUAAAAGCUGCUUUUUUAAAUCCUGAUAAACAAACCAAUGGCAGGAAUCUGUACCUAGUUCUAGUUUUCUACCUUUUCUGCUUCUCUUUCUUUUGAGAUCGGGUGGAGGCUUUUUAUAGAGCUAUUUUGGUACCAAAUCUGUGCAGCCAUCGGCUGAGUUUGGUCUGCAGACUGAAGUGCCAACCCAGGGCCAUCAGUGACCACUCCUGAACGUUGUUGUCUUUCACAGCUCAUCCAUUUUUGGGUUUACAUUGACAAACCUGAGCCAUGAAUCUCCCAAUUUUCUCAUACUGAAGUCCAGCCUUGUUCUUUUUUUGUCUCUUUUCUAUACAAAAAAAACUUCCUUGCAGCUUUAGCUGGAUGGCAAAGCAGUGUCUGACUCUUUCUAUACAAUUUUCUAAACAGUGACUUGUUUUUUCUACAUGAAGGAGAUGCUUUGUUUCCUGUUCUCUGUCAGCUUUACUUAAUCCCGUAGACAGUUUUCCAAUGCCUGAUUUAUUGCAGGGUAAGAACAGUCCCUGCUUAUCCAUCCUCUGAUGGGAGCAGGGAUUGUUUGUGUGAGCUGGAAUUGUACCUCUGACACUACCUAGAAUAUUUGUGCACUGACCUGUUGAUGAAAACUGAAGAAAAUUAGCAAAAAAUGAGAGUUUUUGUCAUCACCAAGCCCUGUUACGUGCUUUUCUGUCCUUGCUCUAAUUCUAGGUCAUGUCUUGAAAUGGUUUCAUUUUGAACUUGAAAUCCAUAUUUUUUUCUGGGAAACUGAAACUUUCAAGUAUGGCAGAUAGAGAUGGAAACAAGGAAAUCACCUUUGUUUGAAUGGCAGAGCAAAACAAACAAACAAAAAAAACCCUCCAAAAGCACUCUGUGACUCUGCCCUCCCAGGAGGAAAAUCCUCAGGCAGUUUUUUGGGAGCCAAAAUUUGUUGGAAGUGCAGUCAGGGGGGAAGGUGGGAUCUGGUGUGUUAGAGGAUUCCUCCUUUUCUUCAUCCCUUAAGUGCUGCUGAUCCUGAGGUGGGAACAUUUGUACACAUUUCCAAGGGCUUUUGCCACAAGGAACUGCUUUUGAUGGAUUUAAUCUACAUUUUCUUGUCUGUGAUAAAUAAGAAGGACAUGAUCUGAAGCAGAGGAAGGAGGGACAGAUUAAGAAAACAAAAUUUGAAGACUCAAGGUCAAAUGGUUUUAUUUCUAUGAGAGAGUUGAUUUUUUUUUUUACUCUUGGAGAAAUUUUGUUAUACAUUUCAAAGUUUAAUAACUUUAAUGGAUUCAUUUACGUGUUUGAACGUAGCAUUUGACUUUCUCCUUCCUGUGUUUAGUUUAUUUUUUGGUUGAAGCAAGUGCAAGACACCUUGUCUUGAUUCUCUGAGGUUUGACUUGGUAAUAAAUCUGCUGAUCCUUUAUAGAAGACUGUGAAUAUUGUAAAUAUCUAGAGCUGGAAGUGUGGGAUCAAAGAAGAAUUUCUUUGUACAAACACUAAAAAUAUGUGGGGAAAGCUCUGGAGGUUGUUGGGUUUUUUUUAGAAUUUUAUUUAAGUGAAGAAAAAUCUCUGAAAUCAUUUGACCUUUUCAAAAUUGUAUGUAUAACUGGCUUCUCCUGUGACUUGAUUAUUUGAAGUUUUUCUAUAUAUAUAUAUUAAAAUUAGGAGAACCUGAUUAGUGGAAGAGAUUUUGAUUGGAAAUAGCAACAUGUCAAAGUUUUGCUGUCAUUGCAUCUGGAUUUUCUUUUGAAAACCUGAGUCUGUCCCCAUGUUUAACUCCUGUUUGUUAAAAUGUUCUCAUUUCUCCUUCUCGGUGUUCCCUGUUAGUUCCUUUUGGAUCAGUAUUACAUUGUAAAUAUUACCCAUCCUGUAUAUAAAUGAUUUUACUAAACUCAAAAGUUCCUGGCUGCUUUUGUUUGGUUCCCAAAUCCCUGUAGGAGAGAAGGAAGGAGCAGGAGGGAACAGCAGCAG